AUGAACCGGGACAGAUUGGUGCCGGGGCCCGGAGCAGACGGGGUCCAGACCGUGAUUAGCCGGGACAGAAGUGCACCGGGGCCCCUGGCGGACGUGGUCCAGCCCGUGAUGAAUCGGGACAGAGCGGUACCGGGGCCCGGCGGGGACGGGGUCCAGACCGUGGUGGGCCCGGACAGCAUAGACAUUCUGGAGGGAGCAGCCGCCGGGGAGAAGCGGCUCUUCUCCAGCGCGGGGGCGGGGGCGGGAGGCAGAGACGCUCAGGCCGGGGAGAACCACUCGGAACCUCCGCCUACCAACCCAGUGUUAGCCCCGCCACAGCAGGGCCCCACCGGGCACCGGACCACCUCAUUCUCCGUGCUGGACAUCCUGGACCCGAACAAGUUCACGAGCUGCCGAAGACAGCAGCACGCGAGCCACCGGGGUGAGCGCGAGCUGAGCGCGUACGGAGCGGAGAACCGGAGAGGAGGAGCGGGGGAGCGCGAGCCCAGUGUGGAGUCGGCUAAAGGCUGCUACGGUGCGGAGGAAUACCAGAGCAAGGAAGGCUUUGUGUUCAGGGGCCAGGACGAGGAGGAGGACUACCACAGAGCAGGGAGCCCCGACUCUGAGGCAGCAGACGGGCCCUAUAGCAGCGAGGAGAGCAGCUCCGCUCUGCCCUCCAACGGAGACAGAGAGGGGGGCCAGCAGGGUCACCAGGACCCCGACAGAGACACCAAGAGCCCCGCGGGCCAGAACACCGACGGCCAGAGCACCGGGAGCCAGGGCUCGCAGGGGAAACCCAAGAGGAAGCGCUCCGGCUCGGACUCCAAGUCGGGGAAGCCCCGCAGAGCCCGGACUGCCUUCACCUACGAGCAGCUGGUGUCGCUGGAGAACAAGUUCAAGUCCACGCGGUACCUGUCGGUGUGCGAGCGCCUCAACCUGGCCCUGUCGCUGUCCCUCACCGAGACCCAGGUCAAGAUCUGGUUCCAGAACCGCCGCACCAAGUGGAAGAAGCAGAACCCCGGGGCGGACACCUCUGCCCCCACCGGUGCAGGGGGCGGAGGAUCAGGGGGGGGAGGCAUGGGGAGCCUCAGCCCUCUCAGUCAGUCCCCCCCGUUAGGCGGGCACCUGGCCAUGCACAGCUACGGGGGCCACCACCACCACCACUCCGCCGGCAGCCUGGUCCAGCUGCCCUUCCUCACCGCCAGCCACGUCCUGUCCCCCUUCAUGCUGGGGACACAGAGCUACGCUGCCCCCGCCUUCUACAGCACACACCUGUAG